AUGGUCAACUCCUGUUGUGGCUCCGUGUGCUCUGACCAAGGCUGUGGCCAAGACCUCUGCCAGGAGACCUGCUGCCAUCCCAGCUGCUGUGAGACCACCUGUUGCAGGACCACCUGCUGUCGCCCCAGCUGCUGUGUAUCCAGCUGCUGCAGGCCCCAGUGCUGCCAAUCGGUAUGCUGCCAACCCACCUGCUGCCGCCCCAGCUGCUGUCAGACCACCUGUUGCAGGACCACCUGCUACCGCCCCAGCUGCUGUGUGUCCAGCUGCUGCAGGCCCCAGUGCUGCCAGUCUGUGUGCUGCCAGCCCACCUGCUGCCGCCCCAGCUGCUGUCAGACCACCUGUUGUAGGACCACCUGCUACCGCCCCAGCUGCUGUGUGUCCAGCUGCUGCAGGCCCCAGUGCUGCCAGUCUGUGUGCUGCCAACCCACCUGCUGUCGCCCCAGCUGCUGUCAGACAACCUGCUGCCGCCCCAGGUGCUGCAUCUCCAGCUGCUGCCGCCCCAGGUGCUGCAUCUCCAGCUGCUGCCGCCCCAGCUGCUGUGUGUCCAGCUGCUGCAGGCCCCAGUGCUGCCAGUCUGUGUGCUGCCAGCCCACCUGCUGCCGCCCCAGAUGCUGCAUCUCCAGCUGCUGUCGCCCCAGCUGCUGUGUGUCCAGCUGCUGCAGGCCCCAGUGCUGCCAGUCUGUGUGCUGCCAGCCCACCUGCUGCCGCCCCAGCUGCUGCAUCUCCAGCUGCUGUCGCCCCAGCUGCUGUGUGUCCAGCUGCUGCAGGCCCCAGUGCUGCCAGUCUGUGUGCUGCCAGCCCACCUGCUGCCGCCCCAGCUGCUGCAUCUCCAGCAGCUGCCACCCCUCUUGCUGUGAAUCCAGCUGCUGCCGCCCCUGCUGCUGCCUGCGUCCAGUCUGUGGCCGAGUCUCCUGCCACACCACUUGCUAUCGCCCAACCUGUGUCAUCUCCACCUGCCCCCGCCCCUUGUGCUGUGCCUCCUCUUGCUGCUGAGCCCAGUACCCUGGCUCAUCUCUCCCUUCACCGCAAGCCCACAGAUGUAGACGAUUCUUCUGUGCUGACUAUUAGGACACAUGGAGUGGGAUUGAUGUCAUUCAGCAGGGUGGACCUCAUGUUUCCAAUGAGCCCAUCACCAUCCCGCUGACUCUGUGAAGAUAUUCUGGUUCAUUUUAAACUCCCUCCCUUGCUUUCUUUUUCUUCCAGUCAUGGCACCAAAUACGAAUUAAUUUGUAAUCCACUAGCUAAGAAAUUAUUCCAAUCCUCUAAAUUCCUCAUUUUUAAAAUCAUUUUGAGCCUACAGAAUAUCCUUCCCAAUGAGGUAGACAUUAUCUCCCUUUCAAACAUUAUUUGUCUGUCAGCCUUUCAGUCAUUCUUUUCUCUUGUAAUGGGAGGAGGCUGCCCCUUCCAAGCUCUCCUGCUUUCUCCCUGUUCUCUCUUUCUGUCUCUGUUUGUUCGAAUUUGCCAGAAUUUUUCUAUUUUAUUAGUUCUUUAUCUUUAUUGUGUUCACAAAAUAUAUUGUAUUAAACUUUUCAUUUAGAAA